AUGGCAUUUAAAAUCUACUCAGAUCUUUCAGGAAGCAAGUCUGAAUUUCAAACUCUUGCUAAGCUUUAUUUAGCUUGGUUAUAUCUUUACGGGGUUGGUGUGGACAAGGAUACGAACAAUGCCAAAGACCUCUUUUUAGAACUUUAUUAUCAAACUAAUCCUAUAUACUAUAAAAUGGCCUUUCAAUUGUAUUUAGAUCUUUCAAAAAGCCAAUCAGAUCAACAAAAUUCUGCUAAAUAUGAGUUGGCACUUUGCUAUGAAUUGGGUAAAGGUGUUAAGAAAGAUUAUGAUAAUGCAUACGAGCUUUAUUUAGAUCUUUCAAAGAGUGAAGAUUAUCAGAUCAAAGCUUUUCGAUGGCUAGCAAAUUACUAUUUAAAAAAGGAUGAAGAAAGAUCUUUUAAAUAUUCUCAAGAAGAGUAUAGAAAUAGUCUAAAUAGACUUGAUAUAGGCUGA